AUGCCGUCAUCUCCGACCAGACGAGAAAGGAUUCACCUUGACGGCCGCACCCUCGAAGGGGGAGGUCAAUUAGUGCGCAUCGCGCUGGCCCUAUCCACCAUCACUGGCCAACCCAUCACAAUCGACCACAUCCGUGGCAACCGCACCGGCAAGAAGGGUCUCAAAGCAUCCCACCUGGCUGCCAUUAAAUAUCUGGCGGACGUCAGCGGGAGUGCCGUCUCAGGCGCCGAAGUGGGAUCGUCUUCAUUGACAUAUCAUCCCCCGCCAGAUGCCGAGACCUGUGUUCGGCAGAGGCAAGAGAUUAACAUCCAGCUUCCAACGGCUGGGUCUAUAUCACUGGUCUUUCAGGCUUUGUAUCCGUAUAUUCUUCAUACGGGGAACUGUAUAAGCGACGAAGAACCAGAACCACAGCCCGUCCGUGUGAGCAUCACUGGAGGCACGAAUGUAUCAUUUUCGCCGUCGUAUGAUUACAUUUCGCAGGUCCUGGUGCCGAAUUUCGCCAGGGUCGGGCUUCCGCCUAUCGCGGUCCAUCUGGAGAAGAGGGGAUGGGCCACUGGACCGCUUAGUCUAGGGAAGGUGACGUUUGUCAUUCACCCGAUGGACAGAAGUGAGGAGUCUCGUUAUGGGCUUCCACCAGUCGAUCUAGACAGAUACCCCCGGAGCAAAGUCACCCAGAUCGAUGUGACCGUUUUGGCGCCGGAUACGCUCCUGUUUGGUGGGUCUGAUCAGCAUUCAGAGAGAAAGAAGGGAAAAUCGCCGAGAUCAGACGAUACGUUUCAACAUAUAACUAUCCGCCAACUCAUCGAGUAUGAAUCCAUGCGAAUGCUGCGCAGUCGACUCCGAAAGAUACCCUCCUCAGUAGUCAGACGAGCAAAUGCAGAUUCUCCAGCAGUCAGAUCACAUGAGAAUGACGAGAUUGUACCUAUCAGUCUGCACACAUCAGAGAGAACGCAUCACCGCUCACAUAUGUACAUUCUCAUUGUGGCGCAUACAUCGAAUGGGUUCAAGCUCGGUCGAGAUGCGCUUUUCGGCGCUCACAGAGAGGAUUCUCAGAGAAAGACAGGCGGCAGAAAGGGCCGACCAACAGACGAUAGGAGUGUCGCUACGGAACUGGUAGAGAAAUGUGUGGAUGAUUUCGUGAAUGAGUUGUAUGACCCCGGACUGCAGAGUACAUCUGAGAGACGUCAGCCUUGCGUGGACGAGUAUAUGCGAGACCAGCUGGUUAUAUUCGAGGCGCUCGGGAAGUCUAUAUCCAAGUGUGAAACCGAUGGCAAGGGCAAAGAGGAUGAGAGGUAUUAUAGUCUCCAUACACAAACAGCACGGUGGGUAUGCGAGCAGAUGUUGGAUGUGGAGUGGUAG